UCUCAGCUAUAUAUGGUAUCUAUUUCUAUGGAAUAUCUACUAUUAUUUAUUACAUCAUUGAUUGCACUUAGAUGUGCUAAUUUUCGUUUCGAAAAAUUUGUUCGAUGUCAAAAAAUAAAUUAAUUCCAAUGCAUUAAAAAAAUCCAAAUUAUCAUCAUGUCUGGUGAUAAUCAACCAUCUUCAGCAACUUCAUCGUUAUCGACUGGAAGUGUAUCACAAACGGAAAUCAAACCGAUUAUUCCUAGUCAACAUAUUGUCAUAAUCGAAGAACGGCCUUAUUUUGUGCUAUGUAAACCGAAACUUUUGCCACUCAAAUCCAUUGCAUUAUUACAAGUGGAAAAUAUUCAACGUGAUGCUGAAGAAAAGAUUAAAUUAAUGCAACAACCAUAAUUGUAUUGAUUGAUUCAUUGCGAUUGAUUGUUUUAUUCUUAUUAUCAUAUAUCUGUUUGUGUAGGUGUAUCAUCAUUUAUAAAAAAAAAAUCCAUGGAUCAAAACAAUGGUUAAAUAAUAAUAAUAAUAAUAAUAAUGAUAAGUUGCACCUAUUAAAAUCA